AUGAGUGGAGUUUCGCGAAGGGAGAAAAGAAAAAAUGCGAAGCAGCUCAAGAAAAUUCAGGCGAAAGCUUUUGCCCAGAGAAAACCGGUUGAAAUCGCAAUGAGAGAGGCAAUGGGGCUUACAAAAGCGGAUAAGCAGAAAAAUAAAAGAAAAAGGAAACGUGAGGAGAAACGAGAUGCACGGAGGCUGGAAAAACUUCAAAAAAAGGCCGAAGAAAGCGAGGAGGAUGUCGAUAGUGAUGAUUAUGAAGAGCCACAAACUUCAAACAAACGGAAAAAGAUAGUGGAAGUUAGUGUUCAUAAAGGAAAACGGAAAUUUGGCUAUGAAAGUGAAGACAGCGACGAUGAUCUGACUUAUGAGCAAUAUUUGAAGGAAGUUGAGGAAACUAGAAGAAAACGGCUAAUGGAUCCCGAAGGAAUGGAAGAAGACGAAAAGGCCAUCAGAAAAUAUGGGGUGCUUCUAGGCUUGAAUGAGAAUUUGAAAGAUCGCGAUGGGGCCACGAAAACGACGCGUGCGAUGAAAGGCGAUGGGCUCGAUAUGCUUCUCGAUUUUUGCGAUCUCGAAAAGCGCAAAAUUCUCAUGGAGAAUGAGGCAAAUGGCGCGAAUAGCGAUGACGACGACGUUGGUGAGUUUGAGGAUGAGGAGAUGGAGGAGGAAGAGGAAGAUCAAGAGGCGAUUGAUUUGUCAGAAGGGGAAGAGGAUGUUGACGACGAGAAAUUGGUCGAUGAAAUGGUCUGCGAUGAAGAUUUCGACGAAGAAAGCGAUGAGAAAAAGGAUGAUGAGGAACUGGAGGAAGCUGAGGAUAUUUACGGUCGAAAAAUCAAUAAAGCAACUGGCGAGCUGAUCAAAUUCGAUCCAGCGGCGGCUCGUAGGAAGCUUGAAGAGCUUGACGAAAAAACGGGAAACACCGAGCAGAAGGCGAAAAUUGAUCGAGCGGUGACCGGAAUCAUUAAUCGGCUUUCGGACGCCACACUCGUCAAAUCUCAGCAGGCGAUUGGCGAUUUAUGGGCGAACUACUCGAAAAAUGAUGUGAAAAGCGCGUUGUGCAAAGUGCUCACACGAGUGUUAUCCUCGUCAUUCCGUGUGCAAGAUUCGCUUCUCACGACGUAUGGAGCGUUUAUGGCAAUGUGCCACUCGAUGGUUAGCAAUGAAAUUUCUGCGCAUUUCGUCGAAGUUUUUCUAUGCGAUAUGGUGAAAUCGGCGGAAAAUGCGGAAGAAAACGCGGAUGACAAAUCGGUUGAGAAUCGCGUGAUUUUUGUUGCGAUGCUCGUCGCAUUUCGGAUUAUCCAACCAUCAGUUCUUCUCGAGCUUGUCGACAAAUACGCGAAGAAUUUGAAUUUGAGCAACCUUCAAGCGAUUAAUCUACUCAUUUCAUAUGCCUACAAGUCGCUUAGAAAAACGUCAUGGGCGGUUUGCACCGAAAAACUUGAGCGUGUUGCCGAGGAAUUCGAGAAGAAGCCCAUUUCGAGCUUACCCAGAGCGAAAUUCCUUCUUGAGCAGGUUGAAAGUCUCAAAAAGCAGUUUCCAAAAAAUAUUGAUUAUUCGAUGAUUGAGCAGCAGGCGAAAAUUCUUCAUGGAUUAUCGAAAAAGAAGGGAAUGUCAGCGGAAUCGAAAGAGCUCGGAAUGACGCUCAACGAUCUUCUUCACGCUGAGGAGCGCGGACGUUGGUGGAUUGUCGGCUCAGCGUUCAGAUUGCCUGAAAACGGCGGCUAUGGUGUGUUGGCGGCGGCGAAUCCGAAGAAGGCCGCCGGCAACUAUCCAUCGCACAUUGUUGAAUUGGCAUCGAGAGCUGGAAUGAAUUCCGAGGUGCGACGCAACAUCUUCUGCGCAAUUGCGACCGCUGACGAUGAAGAUGAAGCAUUUGAGAAGUUGUUGAAGCUCUCGCUGAAAGGCGAGAAGGAGCGCGAAAUCGUUUAUGUGCUCAUCAUCAUGAUGCUCAAAGAGAAGACGUUCAAUUUGUUCUAUGCGGCGCUUUUGCAGAGAUUCUGCGAAUUUCAUCGUCGAUUUGUGAUCACACUUCAAUACGCGAUUUGGGAUCGGCUGAGAGAAUGCGAAUCGCUGAAGCCGAGCCAAAGGGCGACACUGGCGAAAUUGCUCGAGCACCUAUUGGCGAACGAGGUGCUGCCGAUCAGCGUGCUCAAAUCAAUUGAGUGGGCGACGCGUGGUCGCGGUCUCACCGCGCUUCUCAAAAAGCUGUUCGUCGGAUUGGCGAAAUCGCCGGCCAGCGUUCUUCGUCGCGUUUUCGAGCCGUUGACGAAUCCGGAAAAACGGAAGAAAUUCGAAACGAUGUGCGAAGGGAUUCAGGUGUUCUGGAAGAUGCAUUUGCCGAACACGCAGGCCUACAAAAAUGUGGACCAAUGGAUGCAAGAAGCUGGAUACGAUUGA